AUGAAUUGGGAACCAACGAAAUAUUUUCUACGAGGGAAAGUCGUUAAAGCAUUCUUGCCUUUUGCAAAACAUCCUAACUUAAAGAAUGAUAAUUUGAAAAAUUUAUAUCCUGGAGACGAAGUUUACAUUUUUGAGACAACAAAUAACGGUAAAUGGGCAAGGGGACAUACAAUUAGUAACCCAUUUCCAAGUGAUUUUACUAUCACAUCCGUUAAUAUUGAUGAGAUCCCAAGACAAAACAUUGAUGUUGUAGUGUUUCCGUUGAAAUAUAUCCAAAUUGUUGAGGAAGUACCAUUUACGUCAUCAGUUGAAAAUGAACUAAACAAGUCCAGAAAUGGGGCUACAAUUCCUACUAUCCAAGAUUUCGAAUUGGCACAUAAGCAAGCAUCGGAAGGUGAGCCUGAUGAUAAUGGGAAAACGUUUAGAACGCGUAUUCCACCACUUCCCAUUACAACCUUUGACGAGAAUAAUGAUUUAAUUGCAGAAAUGAAAUAUGCCCUUCAAUUAUUAACAUCGCAUAUAUUUGCUCUAUAUUCAAUUGGGGAAUUCAGAUUAUUCAAUAAAUUAUGCCAGAUUUAUUACAGUUUGGAUGAAACUAGACUUAAAUUAUUAGGAAAUGUUCUAAGCUCUAGUGAAUCACAGGCAGCAAAAGCAAAAGCUAUUCUUUUGUUAAAUAAGAUUCCAAAGAUGUUAGCAUCGCACAACGAAAGAUUAGGCGGCCAAUCUUUUGAUCUGAGUAACGAAAAAGCAGAUACAUCAGGAUAUAAGGCAAUUUUAGCAAGAGACGCAUUAACAGGUAAUUUGUUGUCAAAUUCUAAUGCUAUACCACCUAGAAUUGCAUUAAAUCAAGUUCUAUGUUCAUUAUCCCCUCAUUUUCCUAUCGAUGCACAUGUCGAUAAACUCAGUUACUCCCUUACUCCUCAGCCCAAUAAGAGACUUGUUCCCAAGCCGGUCUCGCACUUGCUAAUAGACUUCAAAUCUCUUCAAGGAUCAUCUACUUAUCAACCACCGGAUUUCUUAGGUAUGGUUGUACAUUUUUAUAUUCGUUAUGAUCGUGUAAGGCUAACUGAAACUUUUGCAGUUAAAAUUAAUACACUGGAUUCGUUUCUUGAAUCUGAAGAAGUGCAAGCUGCUUUAUUCAAGAAUAUACCUUCAAAUGAACUUACUUCUGGUAAGGUGUAUUUAGUAGCAGUAGUAACGGAGGAAAUUGAAUUAGGUUUAAAAGAUAGAAAAGAAAAAUCAAAAGUAAAAAGUAUCGAAAAGGGUAUUGCUGCAGGUGUUGCAGACAUUAGCAAACUUUUUACUAAAGAAUACGCUUCAAAGUCUUUAAACGAGCAAGUAUUUAAAAUUAGACUUUUUGGAUCUUACAUGGAUCAUAAUAGAGAUCUGAAAGACUAUCGUUUCGAUAGUAUUGUAAAUAAUGGUUUUGGUGAAGUAGUUGAUAGAAUAAUUGAGGGCUCAAAAACUGGUAUUGCUAUUAACCCUAGGGCAGAAAAAUUGACCGUUUCAGUAAAAGAUUUCAAGUAUCAAAUUAAGACAAUUCUCGAUUCUGAUGAUAAUAAUCUGAAAUUGAUCCCUAGGAUAAACCCGAUUUAUUUUGAUCCUUUAUCAGAGAAAUAUGAACGUCUCUAUUUGAGGAUGGGAAAGGUUACUUUGUUGGACAAUAGUGUCAAAGAAGAUUUAUUAACAAUCGAAGCCAGCUCUCCCAGUAAUGAUUUGAUUUCCUUCACAAAGGCUUCUAAUCAAAACCUUCAAAAGAAGUGGCAAUUCAUAACAGUUUGUGCAAAUGAAUCGAUAGGUGAAAUAAUCAAAGUCCAUGGCGUUGAGUUAAUUAAUGACUCUACCGAGGAUGAAUUCAUUCUCUUUUCUUUGUACUCUAACGGAAACUUAACAGCUCAAGGGAGACAUAUUUAUAAGUCAAAAAAUGAACUAGUUGGAAUUAAUAGCAAGAGCCACAUCAUUGAGCUUAAAUCUGUUACUAAAGGAUCAACUAUAGCAAGUGUAAAAGUAUCUACGGAUUAUGUUGGCAAAGUUUUUAACUCCAAUCCAGCUAUUGAUAACGUAUUUCAAUAUGAAAAGCUUUUUGAAAAAGGAAGUGAAGGUCUUUCGCAAUUAAACGCUUCGCUAAAGGCAUUUACUGAGUUAGAAUUACAUCAGUUGGUGAAAUAUUUCAAGGAGUUAUUAGUUAAAUUGUUCUCUAUUGUUGAAAUAUCAAUGAAUCAAGAACCAUCUGACUCUACUGACGGGUUAAAAUGGUCAACUUUUGUUGCCAUUGUACACUUAUUAGAUGUUCUCUUUGGUAAACAAAGUCGAUAUUUAUAUUUGCUUGAUCCUUUUAUGGAAAAGCAUAUCCGUUUGCCGCCAGUUGGGGCCUAUAUUUUAGAAUGCAUAUCUAUUGUAUUGUUUCAAGCAGAGAAAGUUUGGGAUUCGAAUUCGGAAGCAUUAUGCAGAGUCUCUCCCAUACUCAUGAAAUUCGCAGUAAUUUCAAUGGAUGGGGCUACAAAUUUAGGAGAAUAUUUCAAAUCUUUGAUUCGAAUGUCUAAGUCAGGUUCAUAUUUCCUUGCAAUUGACUCCGAAGUAUUUGUUACUAGUCAGGUUAUAAUUUUGGAAAUCCUUGAUGACGUGCUUUCUUGUAAUCUUCAUAUUGGUGGUGUUGAAACUUUGAAAUUCUUCGUUAACUAUCUUGACUCAGUUGGAAUUAGAGGUUUGGGUAUUGAUAAGGAUAUAUAUUCGACUGAUCGAACAGUCACUACAGAAAAAGAUCAUAGAAUUAUUCUUAGUAAAUUAUUAUUAAUUUACCGUCUUUUUAAUACUUUUGUUGUCAAUGAUGCUUCUUCGCGUAAGAUUUUGAUCUCUAAGGCAGUUGAAUGGGCAAUGGAGAUUUUGCAAGGUCCAAUAGAUAUCGAAGCUUCAAGACUCGCAUGUGGUAUAUUGAACGCCGUUUGUUCGCUUUUAUGGAAAACAGUUUUCGUGGAGGGGCAUUUGGAUGAAAUGCCGUUGUGCUAUUCUUUGAGUAAAUUUCUACCAGCGAUUUCAAGAGUUUUUAUUAGGUACAAUAAGUUUACUAGAGGUAACGAAAGUUUCAAGCCCAAAAAAACAUUCAGUCCAUUAUUCCCGACCGAAUAUCCAUUUAGGGAAAUAUCUGUUGAUCCUGUCGUGGGCGAGGAAGUUUUAGUCGAGAUUUUAGUGGAAAUGGCAGUUGUAUUUUGCUUCAUUGCAAAGAUCGGAAAAGAAUCUGUUGAAGAGGCUGGUUAUCAAAAGAUUCUCAAUACAGAAGUUGAAGGUGAUUUCUUUGAUUCUUCAAAAUAUCUAACCGAUGAAUUUGGAAGUAAAGACUUGGUCAAUUUAAUAAGUGCUGUAAAUCUUAUAAGACAAGGUAAAUUUAUACCAGAAAGCAAAUGGUUAUCUUUGAACUCUCUUUUUGUUGAAGGUUGCUUAGUUUCUUUGGAGCUCAUAAAACCAUUACUCCACGCAUUUUAUAUUCCUGAGAUUGACAAUCAAGAUAAAUUCGAAAAGGUCCUUUGGGGUAAUUAUUUAAGAUGCUUAUUAAAGCUAGCUGUUGUUAUACCUGUAUCUAUUGAAUACUUAUCAGACGGUCCAAAAAAGGCUUGUUAUCAGAUUACCGGCAAUAUUCGUGAUAGAAUCGCUCAUAUAUUAAUUGAGUCAUGGGACCUUUUAGCUUGGAAUUCCAAGGAUGAUGACUACGUAAGGUUCAAUAUUAAGCGAUUUGGUGGCUACCAAUUGAAAUUCAUAAAUACAGAAUAUGAUAUAGUCCGAGACUUAAUGUUGUUUGCCUUACAAAAGGAUUCAGAAUGCCAAGCAGUAGCAGUUAAAAUAUUAUGGUCGAUUAUGGUAUCUGAGUUUAUUGGUAAGGACUCAAUUGUUGAUGUUGAAAGGGCGUGUCUUAUUGGUUUACAAGAUAUCUUUUAUAGGAAUGGUUAUAAACCAAGCUCAAUUGAACAACAAAAAUUUAUCGAUGGAUUAAAGCUGGCAAUCAGACUAGAUGCUGAGGAUGAAGCAUUCAACGUUGUCUAUACUUUUAUAGAGACAUUAGAAGGGUUUUUAAAUGCAUUGAACGAAUUCAAUUGCGUACCUUCUGGCUCAGAAUUUGAUGACGAUAGAUCAUUUCAUGAAUUGAAUAUUAAAGCCUACUUGAAAAAUGCUAAUAAACCCGAAUUGUUUGAUUCAUUCAUUAAUACUAUGUAUGAAGAAAACAUCAAGAAAAAGGACUAUAUUCAAGCAGCUCUAAGUUUGGAAUUGUUAGCUUCGACAUAUACUUGGGACGAUCGGAUAAUUAUCCCGGCAAGUUUGAAGCCUAAAUUCCCUCAACAAUCAUCAUUUGAAAGAAAAGAGACAUUAUUUAACAUGAUUGCCAAGAACUACAUUAAGGGAAAUAGUUUAGAAAGAGCUACUGACACCUACAAUGAAUUAUUGGACACUUAUAAUUUGCAUACGUAUGAUUUGAAAAGUUUUGCUAAUGUACAUGGUAAACUCGCAAAAUUAUAUUUAGGUCUAGAGACUUCAGACAAAUUAAGUCCCUCUUUCUUUAGAGUGGCUUUUAUUGGCGCUGGUUUUCCAAAGAACAUUAGAGGAAAGAUACAAAUAUAUGAGGGUCUACCAUUUGAGCACAUCAUUUCUAUUCAUGAAAGAUUGUUGAAGUUGUAUCCUGGUGCAAGAAUCAUCACUGAUGAUACAGAAGCACAGAAAUUGAUGGAAAGAGCUCAAACCGGCCGUUACUUGCAUGUCUGUACAGUUGAGCCUGUGAACGAGAUAUCUGAUAAGCUUCUUAACGCAUCUGUUGGUGCUAGGCAAUAUGCAAGGAACAAGGACUUACGAUUUUUUACGUCCAUGAAGAAAUUACCUGGUGCUACAUCUGUUUUUGAUUUUUGGAGCGAAGAAACAACGUAUGAGACGUUCCUUUCUUUCCCAACUUUAAUGAAGAGGAGUGACAUCAAAAAAACCAAGGUCGUUAAAUUGUCACCUUUAGAUAAUGCUAUUAGAACAGUCGUAAUCAAGAACAAUGAUUUACUUCACUCAGAGAGUAUGCUUACCAAUGCGUUUAAAGAAAAGACUGAGUAUGCUGGUUUGUUAGGAGAUUUGUCUAGACUUCUUUCUGGUACGGUUGAUUCUCCUGUCAACGGUGGGGUGGGUCAAUAUCGUAAUUUUAUCUAUGAUACUGAAUACAGAGGUGACAAGCACCUUGCAUCUCGCAAAUUAUUAGGCGAUGCAUUUAAUGAAUUGACCAUGAUUUUGAACAGAUGUUUACAUUUGCAUGCGAAAAUAGUUACACCUGAUAUGAAAGACUCUCAUGAAGCCUUAGUUGAUUUAUACAAGAAGAAUUUUGCGGAGGAAAUCAAGAAGCUAAACAUUUCAACCGACUACUCCACGGUUUACAAUCGCAGCACACAACACACAUCUCCGGGUGCUUCUCAAAAUACAGCAGAGAGGCCAUCUGUAUCAUCUGGCUCUGGUAUGUCUGGUUCUACGUUUUCGGGUACUGGUUUGUCCGGUAGGUUUGUAGCUACUCCUUCCAAACAAGCUAUUUCCGAUAAUGGCUCAUCACCGAGUAUAUCAGGUCGUUCAAGUGUCUCCGCAAGUGGCUCGACUGUCAAUGGUUCUUCCAUUAGUGCAUUCAGUAAUUCAAGUAAACGUACAGCACUUAACUGGAGGAACAUAGUCAGAAGGAAUUAA